GCUUCAAAAUAUAGAUUGAACUCCGGGAUUGAACUACGAGUAUGUCCUACUUAUAUUUUACGUCGUGAUAUCUGCUGGUCACUUGCCCAGCAGAUUUUUGUUACAUCAGGAGUUGUAUAUGGGCCUGGUCUAUGAAUAAUCAUCAUGACAACACCUGGGAUUACAUCGUCUGUGACAUAUGACCUGCUCACCGACCCGACAUGGAACGCAACGACACCUGUAGGGGUGGUGCCGUCGCCAAGGAUUGCUUUGAUUCGAUUGGUUCGUACGGUCGUCAUCUUCUGUGCUCUUCUCACCAUCAUGAUCUCUAUGGGGUGCUCCAUCACUGUAGCUGAUUUGAAGAAAGGUAUCCGGCAACCGUUGAGUGCAUUGAUUGGUAUGUUGUGCCAGUUCGUCAUUCUACCCCUGACUGGGUUCUGUAUGUCAUUAGCCUUCUCACUCCCUACACCGUAUGCUCUGAGUGUGCUUAUCGUGUCAUGUUCACCAGGUGGAAAUAUAUCGAGUGUCUUCACUUACUGGACCAACGGUGAUGUGUGCCUCAGCGUUUGUAUGACAGCAGUAUCGACGCUAGCGGCUAUCGGAAUGAUGCCCCUCAAUCUCCUCAUCUACAGUCGUCGAUGGACUGAUAAGAAAGCCGUCAUUCCUUUCAUCAACAUCAUCAUCGGAUUGGUUGCCAUCAUCAUCCCUGUCAUCAUCGGGAUGAUCAUCAGAUGGAAGAAAGAGAAAUGGACAAAACCGAUAUCGUUGGUUGGUACCAUCAUAGGGAUCAUCCUCCUCAUCACAAGUGUUGUCUUGGAUUACAUCGCCGUACCAACACUCUUCGAUGCUUCAUGGAGGCUAUGGCUCUCUGCCGGUCUAGUACCACCAAUCGGGUUCUUGGUUGGGUAUAUCAUCUCCUUCAUCAGUAGACGCACUCCCCAGCACUGCCGUACCAUCGCCUUCGAGACCGGCUGUCAAAACGUCGUGCUCGCACUCGCCCUCAUCAAACUGACCUUUCGAGGCGACUUCCAGCUCCAAGCGGAAAUGAUCAAAUUUCCCAGCAUGUACGCGAUGUUUAUGGUCAUCUAUGCCGUGUGCUUCAUCACUACUUUUCGCCUCUAUGUUCGACGCAAGACUGAGAGUGACUAUGAAUUUACAGCUAUUAAGAUGGAUAAGAAAGUUGAAGACAAGGAAGGCAGUGUUGAGGAUGGGGAAGAAAAAAUAAAGUAAUUUUAAGAAAGAAUUGAAUUUUCAUGCUGAUGUAAUACACAAGAGGGGCUACCACACACUAAGGGGGCAAACACCCCAUAUAUUAUCUUUUUAUAUUGAAAACGUAUAUUUUUAUUUGCUCAAUCGGCCAAUCGGUUAUUGUGAACUUUACUCAUCCUUAUUGCACUCUGCACAUGGUUACAUGAAAUAUAUACGAAUAUUUCACUGUUUUACGAACUUGAACUCUGAUAUUUAUUUGUUUUGUUUAUAAACACUAUUUAUCCACACAUUGUACCUGAAGGAAAGCGAGAAAUCAUGGCAAUGAAAUUCUGAAAUCAAACUUGUGUAUAUUAUCGAGUGGGUGCGUCUCGUCGUGGUCUAGUGGUUCUGACCUUCUGACCCCGUUCUGACUUUCUCCUUUCAAACAGAGCGUCGUGGGUUCGAAUCCUAGCCAUGGCGUGUUUUCCUUCAGCAAGAAAUUUGUCCACACUGUAACUGGUAAUUGGUUCCGGCGGGAAGUAAUUCCUCAAAAAUCUUUGCGCACCAGAAUCGGUAGAUAGCUUCGCCAUAUAGGAGCGCCUUGAGCACCUAUAGCAAGGUGGAUACGACCCGUGCGCAAUUCAAAUCGUAUAUUAUUCUUUAUUUUAAUAUCAUUAUUUCAAUUUUAAACCUUGGGAAUAAAAUCACUCGAUCAAUCAAUCAACCAAUCACUGGAUCAAUAGUCUUUGUCUAUAUGGAUAAAGGUGCUGCCUUAGUGUGCCCCCCCCCCUCGGGGGGAGAAGAUUGACGGUAUUGACAAAUAGAAACAUUAAAUGUAGAGCUUAACCAACCAGACCCCUCUUGACAUUCUCAUUUUUCCCGUUUAUCCCUCCUUUUCUUUCUUUUCGUCAUCUUGUUUUUUUACUACUAGAUAUAUCAUAGGUCGUCUGCAUGCACCACUAGCUGUAGCACGUACCGUCCAGUUUGGUUAGUUUAUUACAGGCAUAACGGUGAUUGGUUGAUUUUAUUCGUCAAGAAUAUCACAAGAUUAUAGAUACAAUAAAUGGGAAGAAUACAUGAAAACAUAUAGAGGCUUAUUUCCAACGAAUGGGGACCUGUUAGAGUUUAAAACAUUAUUGUAACAGCAAAAUGUACUAACCACGAUAAGUACAAGAACAUGGAAAAAAUACGACAUAAUCAUCAAUCAAAUAAUUUGCAAAAACCUGAAGCAAACAAAAAUUAUCUACUUUAUGUCAAACAAGAUUAUAGUUUAACUUACCCCAUAUUAUUUACAAUACUGUAAACCAAGCACCAAACUGUGUGCUGUGCUGGUAAUACUGAUCUCUAGAGAUUCCAGUUUUUGGUAUUAAUUUAAUAUACUCUUAAAAUGAAAAAAAAAUUACAACAGCUUUAAUUUGAUUAAGAAGAGAAUUUCAAUGCCACUGAAAUAAAAAGUGUUCCCUAUAUGACACUCAAGUUUUGAUAAUACAAAAUACCUAUAUAUGGAUAUUUGAGACGCGGAUGAAAAUCCCGGGAUGACAUUGUUUGCUAUGUAAUGAUCUUAUAUAUCCGAAUAUUAUGCACGUGGUUCAAUACUAGUUGAUAAGCUCUUUAAUCUAAAUGGAGUUUUCCUGCUUUUUCAAGUAUAUCACUUCCGAGGUGUGUUCUUGGGCCGAAAACGCUUAUGAAUCUUACAGUCUUAUUCUGAAUUAUUCUCAACUUUUUUUAACCGUCACACCCAGAUUACCCUACCAAGCCGCAUUUGCGUAUGUAGUUCGAACAAGGAGAUAUCACCUUGGUUCGAUCAGACAUUGUAUUAAAGCAAAUCACAAUAUACGUCUAGAUGUCAUAUUUAAACAGGUUUGUUAUCUAGCCUUAACAAACACUUUUAAGCGCGAAUUGGCCUUUUUGACGAUUGAGUCUUCCAGUGAUAGGUAUUGUACGAGUUUCUUUUAAACAAAAUACAUAGGCUGCGACUGGCCUACAAACACAGUCUAUGAGAUUUUGGAUUCCAUUUUUUCGAGAACGAACUUACGAGAAAAACUUGUUUUUUUCUUAACAUAGAGGUUUGAAGGCUUUAUUGCACAUAUUUGAUGUCGGAAAAUUCUCAUGCAUUCGGGGCGUAUACAUUUAAUCUCAUCCGUUUUAUUGAGUUCUUGUACGCUAUCAUACGCUCGUCUGAUAAUAAUAAUUGAACGAGGAGGGUUGUUCAAUAAAUCAUUUUGAAAAUGA